AUGGUUGUGUUAACGAUCUUUGCGCCUUCCAACGACCACACCGAACACCUGAUAGAGAAACCAACCUAUAUCAGGCUUCUUUCCUGCUCUCUUUACAAUUCUUCGUAUAAUCUGAAAACCCGACAGGGACAGCUGCAUUGACUGAAACUGGAGCCGGCAAAGAACCAAAAUCUGGAAAAUUGCAAUCAGGACAUUUCACUUUACAUUCGUUUGGAAAAACAACGUCGUGUUCGAAAAAAAGUUGGAAACCAGAGUAAAUGCUGUGAAAAAAAUCUUAAAGAAUCUGAUGUGCGGCUCCAUACAAAUUUGCAAAAAUUUCGUGGAGUCGGCCGAAAUUUGGGACAAGAACAUUCAUAAAACGCUUGAGUUCUUCAGCAACUUAUUUCAUUUAUUGCGAUUUAAUGAAAAAAAGACUGAAAAUCUUUGGAAAAGGAAACUUUCAAAGUUCUCAAUUCGUGGACACGCUUAUGAAAAACUUGACCACAUUGCUCCCCUACAACAUUUGUUUCUUGACGUUGAUCUUGGGGAUAAACAUUUGCAUAGUUUGACAAUUUCUGUCAGAGAUGGGAAUGGGGACUUGUUUCAUUUCAACGGUUUCCCUUUGGAAUUUGAAUUGAAAACUAAUUGACCAUAUAUACAAUNAAGCAACCUUUAUUGAAAUAGGUGUAUAUUAUAUCCAUAGGAUGGUUGUGUUAACGAUCUUUGCGCCUUCCAACGACCACACCGAACACCUGAUAGAGAAACCAACCUAUAUCAGGCUUCUUUCCUGCUCUCUUUACAAUUCUUCGUAUAAUCUGAAAACCCGACAGGGACAGCUGCAUUGACUGAAACUGGAGCCGGCAAAGAACCAAAAUCUGGAAAAUUGCAAUCAGGACAUUUCACUUUACAUUCGUUUGGAAAAACAACGUCGUGUUCGAAAAAAAGUUGGAAACCAGAGUAAAUGCUGUGAAAAAAAUCUUAAAGAAUCUGAUGUGCGGCUCCAUACAAAUUUGCAAAAAUUUCGUGGAGUCGGCCGAAAUUUGGGACAAGAACAUUCAUAAAACGCUUGAGUUCUUCAGCAACUUAUUUCAUUUAUUGCGAUUUAAUGAAAAAAAGACUGAAAAUCUUUGGAAAAGGAAACUUUCAAAGUUCUCAAUUCGUGGACACGCUUAUGAAAAACUUGACCACAUUGCUCCCCUACAACAUUUGUUUCUUGACGUUGAUCUUGGGGAUAAACAUUUGCAUAGUUUGACAAUUUCUGUCAGAGAUGGGAAUGGGGACUUGUUUCAUUUCAACGGUUUCCCUUUGGAAUUUGAAUUGAAAACUAAUUGA